ACGUCGCGACGGGUCCGCAUUGUGACGCGCGACGGGCGGGAAGGCCUGUGGGAUCGCGGGCGGCGCCAUUUUGCUGGAGCAGAGUGUGCGGCGAGUCAGAGGGAUGGCGGAGAACCGCGAGGAGAAAGAUGGUGAAGUUAAUGUUUUGGAUGACAUCUUGACGGAAGCACCUGAUCAGGAUGAUGAGCUUUAUAACCCCGAGAGUGGACAAGACGUCAUUGAGAAGAAAGCAUCAAAAAGAAAAAAUGAAAAAGAGAGACCAGACGUUGGUGAUGGGAAACGGCAGAAAUCUUCAAGCCAUUCAAGGCAAGUCAGCAAGAGGUCUUCCUGUUCUUCUGGAGGUGAUAACGCAAAGGCUUCCAGUUCAAAAGGCAGACAUGUAUCAUCAGCCUAUAAGAAGGAAGAAUAUCAACGAUACGAACGAAACAAAAUGAGUAGUGACCGAAAGAAUCAUACCCAAGGCGGGAGUUCCCGAGAGUCACAGAAAGAUCGAACGGACAAAAUGGGAAGCAGGCGAGGAGAGUGUGAUAGGAAAUCCAAAUCAACAACUCAAAAUGAGUCUGAGGUUUACAGCAUGAAGACUUUAAGAAACAGUGAUGAGAGUCUGAAAGUGCGUAGGUCAAGCCAUUCUUCCAAAGAUGAGGUUCAUUCUGAUGGUUAUCAGUCUGAACCCGAUGUUGAGACAGGUAGUGCCACUUCAUCUGAAGACUUGGAAAAUCUAGAGGAAGCAAUGGAUGAGGAGGUAAAACUUGGAGAGGAUGAUGAAGAUGUUGACAGAGAGAAGGAGGAACUGGAGUUGGAGGAGGAAGAGGUAGACGUAGAAGAGGAGGAAUAUGACCAGUGUAUAGCUGAGCAAGAUGAAUUCAGAGAGAGAGAUCCAAGAGAAAGUAAAGAGGAAGGCCACGAGCAAGAUUAUGAUACACGGAGUGAAGCAAGUGAUUCGGACUCGGAGUCUGUCUCGUUUUCUGAUGGAGAAUCUGCUACCAGAUCUGGAUCUGAUGUAUCAGACGAUGAGAAACAUAAAAAGGAGAAGAAAAAGCGAUCUAGAGACAUUUCUCCAAUUGUGUUUGAUAGGAGUGAAAGCUCUGCGUCCGAUUCAUAUGCAGGAUCAGAGAAGAAACAUGAGAAGCUGUCAUCAUCUGUGCGGGCAGUUCGUAAAGAUCAGACAAGUAAACUGAAGUAUGUUCUACGAGAUGCACGAUUUUUCCUCAUCAAGAGCAACAACCAUGAGAAUGUAUCCCUAGCCAAAGCUAAGGGUGUAUGGUCAACACUGCCAGUGAAUGAAAAGAAGCUCAACACUGCAUUUCGAGAUGCUAGAAGUGUGAUUUUAAUAUUCUCUGUCAGAGAAAGUGGAAAGUUUCAGGGAUUUGCUAGACUUUCAUCGGAAUCACACCAUGGAGGAUCCCCUAUUCAUUGGGUGUUACCUGCAGGAAUGAAUGCCAAAAUGUUAGGCGGAGUCUUCAAAAUUGACUGGAUUUGCAGGCGCGAAUUACCAUUCACAAAAACGAGCCAUCUUGUGAAUCUAUGGAAUGAAAAUAAACCUGUUAAGAUUGGAAGGGAUGGGCAGGAAAUUGAACCCGAUUGUGGUACACAACUUUGCCUUCUGUUUCCACCAGAUGAAAGCAUUGACUUGUAUCAGUUCAUUCAUAAAAUGCGGCACAAGAGAAGGGGGCAUUCACAGCCCCGAUCAAGAGGACGACCUUCUCGACGUGAUCCAGUCCGGGAAGUGGGAAGGCGUCGAGCUGAAGAUUAUGACACAUAUAACACCAGAAAGAGACCAAGGAUUGACUACCCACCAGAAUUCUCACAAAGACCAGGAUACAUGAAGGAUCCACGGUACCAAGAAGUAGAGAGACGAUUUUCUGGUGUUCGACGGGAUGUGUUUUUAAAUGGAUCCUACAAUGAUUAUAUGAGGGAAUUUCAUCACAGCAUUGGUCCACCACCACCGUGGCAGGGAAUGCCACCUUAUCCUGGUAUGGAGCAGACUCCACAUCAUCCUUAUUAUCAACAUCAUCCUCCACCACCUCAGGCUCACCCACCGUAUUCUGGACACCAUCCGGUCCCACAUGAAGCCAGAUACAGAGACAAGCGAGUGCAUGACUAUGACAUGAGAGUAGAUGACUUUCUUCGCCGUACUCAGGCAGUUGUCACCAAUCGACGAAGCAGACCUCGGGAAAGGGAGCGAGAGCGCGAGCGACCUCGUGAUAGCCGGCGAGACAGAGAACGUGACCGGGCCAGGGAGCGAGAACGAGAAAGGGAAAGGAUGAGGGAGAGAGAACGAGAAAAAGAACGAGGAAGAUAUCGGAGAUAACUCCUUUGCUGAAGCACUGUCAUUUUUUGUGUUUACAGUAGUGGAAAAGUGUUUAGAACUGUUCCUUUUUAUUUUUAUUUUUUUAAGUUAAAUUACAUAUUGGAACCCUUGUACAUCUAUCGUUUUCGUGCAUGUAGGGCUGACUAGAUGGAUUGAAUUUGGAACCAGAAGCACAGAUUUUUGUAGAGGGAUGUUUUUUGUGGGGGAAAAGGGCGUAGUGAGGGUUCCCUGAUGCGUUUAGAAAUGUCACUUAUAAAUGGAAUGUCUAAUCAAAAAUACUUUACCCUCCAUUCUGUUGAAAGCUGUGAGGAACAAACCUGCACUGGCCGUAGACUUUGUAUGUAGUUGCACAUGGAUUCAUGAGGAAAAUACUGCUGCUAAUAAGUAUGCAAGUUAAAUAUAACGGGCUAAUUGUGUGACAUUGUAGCAAGUAACUUUUUUUAAAAAAAAGUCCUUCAUAUAGAUUUGAAAUUUUUUCAGUGUUAAUGAUGAAAGCAAUAUUCAAAGGACACUAUUUCAAUCCAGUUUUAACUUUUUUAAGAAAACAAAAUCCCUUGCUUAAUAGCAUUUAAUCAAUGCUAAAGUUUGUCAUUAUUUUCUCCCUAAAAAAUAAACACACGCUGUGGCCUGACAGAUUUAUUAAACGUUUAUGGUAGAAAUUGUUACAUUACCUUUAAUUGCAAAUCUUUUGUACAAAAUAAAUGAGAAAACAAAAUA